AUGCUCGCCAACAAGCCCCAAAAAUCGCCAGGCAGUCAUGCUGCGAGAUCCUCAGAUCAGCCGAAAGCCAAUUCAAGCGAUUCCUUACAAUCGUCGCAAUCACCGCAGAAUGAAAUGAGAGGGAACGAGGGGAAAGCGGGAUUGACGACGAGUUCGCAACCGUCCAAGGCUGAGAUAACUAAGGCAUUGGAAAGGGACUUCAAAUGGAAGCAUCUCGGUGCUGUGGGCAUUCUUCUGUGGAUUUGCUUCUUGCAUAUUGUUGGCGUGUACUUUUUCACGAAAGGCUUCCUCCUGACUCGUCUUGUUCUUGAUAACAAAUCAACCUGUGACGUGGUGCCCCUGGAUGUUGUUGCCACCAGCGGGGACUCAGAAAAGGGUUGCUGGCACCCUAAAACUUUCGAUAAGGCCGUCUUCUUGAUCAUUGACGCCCUGAGAUACGACUUCACUGUUCCCUUUCAUCCGCAAUUCGAGGGCGACGAGGCACGCAUUUACCAUAAUAACAUCCCCGUUCUCUACGAAACCGCAGUUCAAUAUCCCGAAAGAGCUAUCUUAUUACCUUUUAUUGCUGAUCCACCUACGACCACUUUGCAACGACUAAAAGGCUUGACUACCGGAACAUUGCCGACUUUUAUCGACGCUGGCUCAAACUUUGACGGUUCUGCGAUUGAUGAGGAUAACAUCGUUUCUCAAUUGCGCGCUGCUGGCAAAAAUUUGGUUCAUCUGGGAGAUGAUACUUGGGACAAACUGUUUCCGGAUUACUUUGAUUCUGAGCUGUCGCACCCGUUUGACUCAUUUAAUGUCUGGGACCUGCACACCGUGGAUAAUGGCGUAAAUGACAAUCUCUUUCCUCUUCUCCAUCCGACAAAUUCGAGCAAAUGGGAUGUCGUUUUUGGACACUACCUUGGUGUCGACCAUGCAGGCCAUCGAUAUGGCCCAGAUCAUGCCGCAAUGGCAGCUAAGUUGCAGCAGAUGGACCAAGUGAUUCGAGAGGUCAUUGAUAAGCUUGCCGACGAUACACUGCUUAUCGUCAUUGGUGAUCAUGGCAUGGAUUCCAAAGGCGAUCACGGUGGCGAAUCUGAUGACGAGGUCGAAGCCGCAUUGUGGAUGUAUUCGAAAAAGGGCAUCUUUGGUCGCACAAAUGAGGACCACAAAAUGCCGCCAGCGACAGCAAAGGAACGAGCUGUGCCGCAAAUUGAUAUCGUCCCCACGUUGUCUCUGCUUAUGGGUAUACCGAUCCCAUUCAAUAACUUGGGCUCUCCGAUAGAGGAAGCAUUUGCAGGGCCCUAUGGAGCAGACAUCAAAAAUCUGGCGAUAGUAAAUCGUAUAACGUCGGGGCAGAUCAAAAGAUAUCAACACCACUACUCCGUAGCGCGAGGCGUGAACGACAGCCAGACUUCCGGCCCUUUAUCGCUGUUGGCCGACGCAGAAUUGCAAUGGCAAUCGUUGAGCAAGCUGAGCUCUAAUUCCGAAAAGUACCGGACAGCAUACAAUGCUUACCGGGAAUAUCAGCGUGAUACUUUGAAUGUAUGUCGCGCUCUAUGGGCUCGAUUCGACGUUCCGAGUAUGAUCCGAGGGAUUGGAAUACUCGCAGGCGGUAUUGUCAUUCUGAUAGUGUACGCGCGUGGCAUACGCAAUGAAUCCCGGCCAGAUUUCGAUUCGCAUUUACUCCGUCGCAUUGGCCUCGGUGCUGGUUUUGGUUCUGUUGUUGGUCUCAUCGGAAAACGAGAAGACGCAUUCUGGGCAGACAUCGUCGCAUUGUCUGCUGCAGGUGGCAGUAUCGCAUCUGUCGUGUCGGGCGCUGCCUUUGCUUCUUCCAACUUCAAAUCACCCUUACCAACGUCACUUUGGAGCUGGUUUGCAGUCAUCGUGACCGUGUCUCAGUCCAUUGGCUUCGCGUCAAAUUCGUACACGAUCUGGGAAGAUGAAAUCCUCCUCUUCUUCCUCAAUACUUUCGGCGUCUUGGCCGGGAUAUCCUCGAUGAGACAAAAGUUGACAUCUGACAGGGUUCUUGGGGUGUACCAUUCUAUCAUUUUCAUUGUCAUGACGCGAUUGGCAUCACUCUCUCGUCUAUGUCGCGAGGAACAAAUGCCGUUCUGCAAAUCGACCUAUUAUGCUUCGGCUUCAUCAUCAACCUCAGCUCCCUGGCAACUUGCCAUUCCAUUCGCUGUUGCUUUACUCCUUCCCGGUGUUGUCCGCUCGUUCUAUGCAGGAUCAAAAUCGUACGAAGGAUCAGCUACGCUCUGGAUUGGUGUUGCUUUCCGGGUUGGGCUCUUCAUCUCCGCAGCGUUUUGGGCUCUCGACGCUGCGGAUAAUGGCGAAUGGUUAUCCUUCGGAAAGGGGGCAUUCAAGUCUUUUCAGAUUAUUCUAGCGCAACUGGUUCUUGCGAUUGCGUUUGCAGCGGGAACUACGACAUUCAUUUGGGCUAAGCCAUGCAUCAGUAUCAACGUUACGCCCGGGACAAGUACGGACCAGGCAGGAAACACACAACAGCCACAACCACCCCAGCGAACAACCAUCACCAUUCUUGGCUUCGGCAAUGUCCACGGCACCCGAUUCUUCCUGCUGCUCAUCAACUUCGUCCUUGCCAUCACCUUACUAAGUAAACCCAUGGGCCAGGGCGCCAUUGCCAUCGAAACACUACAAAUCCUUUCCCUGCUUGAAAUUCUUGACACCAACGGCCUCACCACAACCAACUCGGCCAUCGGCCCUAUUGUUUUGGGUCUGCUAGGCUCAUUCCACUUCUUCAAAACCGGCCACCAGGCCACACUGAACAGCAUCCAAUGGGAAAGCGCAUUCUUUGCACUGUCAUCCAUCCGCUACCCCUGGUCCCCUCUCCUCGUGAUCCUCAACACCUUCGGCGCCCAGAUCCUCGCCGCCGUCGCUGUUCCCUUGACAGUACUCUGGAAACGCCCCGUUGAUACACACGGUCGUCUACCAGUACAAAUUUUCAAAGACGAAGACACCUCCUCCUCUUCAUCAGAUGGUACGAUAACCGACACCAAACCCAAGACCGACAGCCCCAUGCUCCGCCUCCUCUCGGACAUCGUCCAAGCCGUCUCCACACACAUCCUGUACUACGCAACCAUCAACCUCGCCACGACAAUGUGGGCGGGCCAUCUGAGGCGUCAUCUGAUGCUGUACCGCAUCUUUUGCCCGCGGUUUCUAAUGGGUGCUGCUGUUUUGGGGGUGGUAGAUGUCUUUGUAAUUCUCGUUGGGUUGGGGUUCGGCGUAAGAGCAAAUAUGUUAAGUGUUACGGAGGUUUUUGGAUGGUAG